UACACACCUCCUCCUCCAUCCCUCCAUCCUUCAACAAGAGUGAGCACACAUCUCCCUCUCCUCCAUCCUUUAAAAAGAUCUCUCCAUACUACCGGACGAAGCUGAGAGGUCUGUACACCACUGCCAAGGCUGACGCAGAGGCAGAGUGCGGAAUCCUGCGCAGAGCCCUGGACAAGAUCGCAGAGAUCAAAUCAUUGCUGGAGGAGCGCAGGAUUAUGGUUUCUGUGAAAAUGUCUGGCUUGUAUAGCGAUGCUGACCCCCCCCGGAAGACGAUGAGACGGGGGGUGCUGAUGACCCUAUUGCAGCAAUCAGCCAUGACCCUGCCGCUGUGGAUCGGGAAGCCAGGAGACACGUGAGAGAAUAAUAACUUAAUAUACAUACUCUUACUGUUGUUGUUAUUAUU